GACCUUAGCAUUUCGCAGCAGCCGCAGAGAUAAGCUGCUGAAGGAAAUACAGAGAGCAAAACACGGAUGGCUCUGGAGAAGGAGACCCCCCAAGGCAAGAGCUGCAUGUGAGACCCACAAACAGGACUCGGGGCAGCCUGGCUGGCUGGCAGGAAUGGCCCUGGACUGCUGACCAGCAUUGCAGGCUGGCAGGAAUGGCCCUGGAUUGCUGACCAGCAUCACAGGCUGGCAGGAAUGGCCCUGGACUGCUGACCAGCAUCACAGGCUGGCAGGAAUGGCCCUGGAUUGCUGACCAGCAUCGCAGGCUGGCAGGAAUGGUCCUGGACUGCUGACCAGCAUCACAGGCUGGCAGGAAUGGCCCUGGACUGCUGACCAGCAUUGCAGGCACUGUAGGCUCUGCCACACAGAGGGACCCCUGUGCUGCUGCUGCUGCAGGUUGGAGAAGGAGAAGAUUGACUGAAGCUGCCUGUUAUUUUUGGCUACUCUAGCAAUGUAUCAAAAACCUGACUCUGGGUUGAUGCUGGUGCCCUACUUUAUAGAAGCCCUGAAAAGCAGAUCAAGGACAGCGAGCUUGUCUCUCUGCAUGGCAUCUGCCAGCAAAGGAUCCCAUCUAAUGCCGAGGCUGAAGGAAUCGCGCUCCCACGAGUCCCUGCUCAGUCCCAGUAGUGCUGUCGAGGCUCUGGAUCUCAGUAUGGAGGAGGAAGUGGUCAUCAAGCCAGUCCACAGUAGCAUCCUGGGACAAGACUACUGCUUUGAGGUGACGACUUCAUCAGGAAGUAAGUGCUUCUCGUGUCGGUCGGCAGCAGAGCGAGAUAAAUGGAUGGAGAACCUGCGGCGUGCCGUGCACCCCAACAAGGACAACAGCAGGAGGGUAGAGAAUAUGUUAAAGUUAUGGAUUAUUGAAGCAAAGGACCUGCCAGCUAAGAAAAAGUAUUUGUGUGAAUUAUGCCUGGAUGACGUUCUUUAUGCACGAACUACCUGUAAAUUGAAAACUGAUAAUGUCUUCUGGGGGGAGCACUUUGAAUUUAAUAACCUCCCAUCGCUCAAAAACAUUACUGUGCACUUAUACAAAGAGACUGACAAGAAGAAGAAGAAGGACAAGACCAACUUCAUUGGGCAGGUGAACAUCCCCGUGAGCUCGGUGACGGGCCGGCAGUUUGUGGAGAAAUGGUACCCAGUGGUGAGCCCCAACCCCGGCAAGGGCAAGUCCCCGGGGCCCAUGAUCCGCAUCAAGUCCCGCUACCAGAGCAUGAGCAUCCUUCCCAUGGAGAUGUACAAGGAGUUUGCUGAGUACAUCACCAACAAUUACAUGGUGCUGUGCUCGGUGCUGGAGCCCUCGCUCAGCGUGAAGAACAAGGAGGAGAUGGCGUCGGCGCUGGUGCACAUCCUGCAGAGCACGGGCAAGGCCAAGGAUUUCUUGACUGACCUGAUGAUGUCUGAAGUUGAUCGCUGUGGUGAGAAUGAGCAUCUCAUUUUCAGGGAGAACACACUGGCCACCAAAGCAAUCGAAGAAUACCUGAAGCUGGUGGGGCAGAAAUACUUACAAGAUGCCUUAGGGGAGUUCAUCAAGGCACUGUAUGAAUCAGAUGAAAAUUGUGAGGUGGAUCCCAGCAAAUGUUCGUCUUCAGACCUCCCCGAACAUCAGGGCAACCUGAAGAUGUGCUGCGAGCUGGCCUUCUGCAAGAUCAUCAACUCCUACUGUGUCUUCCCAAGAGAGCUCAAAGAGGUUUUUGCCUCGUGGAGACAGGAAUGCAGCAACCGAGGCCGCCCCGACAUCAGCGAGCGCCUGAUCAGUGCCUCCCUGUUCCUGCGGUUCCUGUGCCCGGCCAUCAUGUCCCCGUCCCUGUUCAGCCUGCUCCAGGAGUACCCCGAUGACCGCACCGCACGCACUUUGACCCUCAUCGCCAAGGUCACCCAGAACCUCGCCAACUUUGCCAAGUUUGGCAGCAAAGAGGAGUACAUGUCCUUUAUGAAUCAGUUCCUGGAACAUGAAUGGACUAAUAUGCAGAGAUUUCUCCUGGAGAUUUCCAAUCCCGAAACCAUCUCAAACACAGCUGGCUUUGAGGGCUACAUUGACCUGGGCCGGGAACUGUCCACAUUGCACUCACUACUCUGGGAAGUCAUUUCCCAACUGGAGCAGGGCACUGCCACCAAACUGGGGCCUCUGCCCCGGAUCCUGCGGGACGUCAACGCCGCCCUCAGUAACCCGGCCUGUGUGCAGGUGUCGGUCACGGCCGAGCACGCUGCCUCCACACCCAGUGCUGGCAACAGCAUCUCCGCAGGGCUGCAGAAAAUGGUCAUAGAGAAUGACUUAUCUGGUCUGAUAGAUUUCACACGGUUACCAUCUCCAACCCCUGAAAACAAGGACUUGUUUUUUGUCACAAGGUCUGCUGGGGCCCAGCCCUCGCCUGCCCGAAGCUCCAGUUACUCAGAGGCCAAUGAGCCCGACGUGCAGAUGUCUAAUGGCAGCAAGAGUUUGUCCAUGGUGGACUUGCAGGACAAUCGGCUCUUGGACAGUGGGGCCAACGCGCCCGGCACAGCCGACUCGCUCAAUGACAGUCAGUCGUCCCUGGGGCAGUUGCAGGGCGUAUGGACCACACGGACUCAGCAGAACAGCGUGACGGCCAUGGCCACCGUGCGCCGGGUGGGCCAGACCCCCACCACGCCGAGCGGCGAGGGCGCGCCCGGCCGGCCCCAGCUGCUGGCGCCGCUGUCCUUCCAGAACCCCGUGUACCAGAUGGCUGCCGGGCUGCCGCUGUCCCCGCGGGGCCUGGGCGACUCCGGCUCCGAGUGCCACAGCUCGCUCAGCUCCCACAGCAACAGCGAGGAGCUGGCGGCCAACAAGCACGGCUUCGCCGGCCCCGCCGCCGCCGAGGACUUCUCGCGCCGGCCGGGGGAGCUGGCCCGGCGGCAGCUGUCGCUGACCGAGAAGGGCGGCCAGCCCACGAUGCCGCGGCAGAACAGCGCGGGGCCGCAGCGGCGCAUCGACCAGCCGCCGCCGCCGCCGCCGCCCGUCAGCCGCGGCCGCACGCCGCCCUCCCUGCUGAACACGGUGCAGUACCAGCGACCCUCCAGCGGCAGCAUGAUGUCCUCAUCGCCCGACUGGCCCGGCAGCGGGGCGCGGCUCCGGCAGCAGUCCUCCUCCUCCAAGGGUGACAGCCCCGAGAUGAAGCAGCGCACCAUGCACAAACAGGCCCCUUCUCCUGUGAACCCCAAUGCCCUGGACCGCACUGCUGCUUGGCUUUUGAAUAUGAACAUGCAGUUUUUAGAAGAUGAAAGCAUUGACCCAGAUUCCAAGCACAGGGAUAAGCUCAGGAAUAAGGACGAGCUCAGCCAAGCAGAAAAGUACCAGCAGGACCUGGUGGUGCUGCAGGACAAGCUCCGCAUCUCCAACAAGAAGCUGGAGGAAUAUGAGACUCGCUUCAAAUGCCAGGAGGAGACCACCCAGAAGCUGGUGCUGGAGUACCAGGCCAGGCUGGAGGAGAGCGAGGAGCGACUCCGGAGGCAGCAGGAGGAUAAGGAGAUCCAGAUGAAGGGCAUCAUCAGCAGACUGAUGUCAGUUGAGGAGGAGUUAAAGAAGGACCACGCCGAGAUGCAGGCUGCUGUGGAUUCCAAGCAGAAGAUUAUUGAUGCACAGGAGAAACGCAUUGCCUCCCUGGAUGCUGCCAACGCACGGCUAAUGAGUGCCCUUACUCAGCUGAAAGAGAGGAGAGGCCUGGCCGGAGGGACCGUGCACAGCGGGCGUGAGCCGCGGCUUCAGAGAACGGCUGCUCCCCGAGCACCAGCUCCUUACUGCGGACGGCGCCGACUGACCCUGCUGGGAGAUGUCCUGCCAGCACUUUGAGGGACGGGAAUGUCGAGUGUGAGAUGAGUGGCAUAAGGAAAUAACAUAUAUCUGAGAAUCGCUGUCACUGUUGGAUUUGAGUCAGUGUUUAAUGUUUAAACAAAAGUAACCUUUUCCUUCUAAACUGCCCAAAGGAUAUGCCUCACCCCUCCCAGCAAGGAGUAACGUCCUUGUCAUUGCAGUAAGCGAAAUAAAGGGAGCUGGGCAGAGCCUGCAGCAGGCAGGGGCCCAGAAAGUCCAGAUCAAGUGUGCGGCUGGAUGUAGCGUCCGAGGGACGGCAGGAAAGCCUGGCCCGCUCCUCCUGUGACUCCCCCCGGAGCACAGCCCUCCCAAAGUGAACCCCAGCUGAGCCCAGCAUCCUUCCUGGGGGCUUUUGUGAGGCUGCUGACUUUUACAGCAUCCACAGGGCAUUUAUGCAGCUAAUUAGUGUUUAAUUAACUCUGCCCAUACAGGGAGCACAGUGCAGAUGGAAGGUCAGGGCGGUGUGGUGGCCAAAGGGGUGCUGUGUGGGGAGCCCUGCUGGCAGUGGGGCAGGCCUGGUGCUCCUGGGGGUCCCUGGGCAGCCUAGGGGCACAGAGAAAGGCCAAGGUUCUGGCACGGGAGUGGAGGGAAGAGCUGGCACCUGGUGAAUGGCAACUUCUGGACAGCUUCUGCUCUCUCACAAAUAAAGGGGAAGAGUUUUGUAAGCAAUAGCCCCAGGCACUGUCCCACGCACACUUCCUGCCACAGAAUAAAGUGAAUGUUGCCUGAGCUUGGUCCCUGAGCUGUGAUUGAGGGAUAGGGGCUGGAUUUGCUGGUGCCUGUUGUGGUAGAGGGGGAGCGAGGGGGCUACGUGGAGUGGCAGCUUCCUGCUUGAUCAAGGGUUCUUUGUGGGGAUGGAAUGCUCUGAGAGUUUUACUAUUUCUGGGGAGAAAAACAGACAAAGAAACAAGAAAAAGCCCUGAAGAACCAUGAAGAUCGGUAAUUGUAUUUCUUUUCUUUCACAGUAUGCAUUAGAAAAAAAAAGAUCCCAUUUUCUGGAAUACUGUCCUCUUUAAAUUGGGAAUGAGCACUGCAUGGAAAUUAACCGGCUUGAAGAAUGUAAAACAUGGUCAUAAGGGAGUAACCACCAAGAACAGCAGCCACCACCGAAAGGCCCCUUGUCAGGAGCACUGUGCAGGCAUAAGCCAGGAUUAGACUUUCCCAGCGCCCAAACGCGCAGCUUCGGCACAGACACGUUGUGCUCAGCGGAGGGGGCGCCCCUUCACGGGGGUCGUGCCGCUGACCUGCCGCCACGGUGUGUUUGUGGGUUUGUGGUUCUUGCAGUUAGUCCUUCACAAGUCCCACUCUCAGAGCAGGUCCCUCGUACCGAGAGCCAGAGGUUUCUCUGAGAUACGGACAGUGUACAGUGUACAGGACAUCUGCCUAUGCUCCCUCUAAAGGUUAACACUGCUCAACGCCUGUCCUAGCUCCUCCUGCCAUGUGUAAACGUACAGCCCAAGGGACUAGGACGCUCCCUGAGCUCUGCUCUGCUUAGGUACCGUCUCCAGCCUCACACUUCCCAGGCUGCCUGAGCAGGACACUUUGCCAGUAAGCUCUGCAUUGCCGUGCUGCCCCGCAGCCGUAAGGCUCCUUAACAGCAUUCUUCCUCAUGCAAUCGUUUGCAAAAUUAAAGAUGCUCUUUUUCCUACACGUUUUUCUGGUCCCCGGAAGCCCUGGGCCAAGCCCAGGAGGAGCGAACGUGUUGCACUGAGGUCUCCACACCCCGCCAACACCUGCCGAGGGGUGCAGCACACAGCAGACCCCAAACGGAGCUCCUCAGAGCAAUGUCAUAACUCAGUACUUAUGGCAAAUACCUUUGAAUUUUGGAGACUAGCACAGAUGGCUUUGAAGAACCUCACAAAUCUGACAAGGUUACAACUGGAGAAAGACCCAGACAGGUUAGGAAUAUACAGGGUACUGUGAACCGUUGGGUACGUAGAUUUACACCUGCCAAUGUCUCAGAGUCAAAUACAUAAGAACCCUGCAAAAAAGACUAUUUUAAAUGCUUUUGCCCUAAGAUGCCUGUUUAGAGCUGAUUGUUUUGAAUUCUAAGUAUUUGUGUUGCGAGAGACUGGAGUUUUUCAAGACAGAAGUGACAUAGAGGAAUGGAAACGCUAACAGGGCAUGGGGCGGGUGCCCCACCAGCAACGUUUCCAUUCAUACAUGGAAGUAAUUUUGGGAUACAGUCAGUGCUCUCCGUAAGAGCUGGAAAAAGAAACACCCACAAACCAAUUGUUUAGUGCUGAAGCUAAGCACAGUACAUCUUAAUCUUCUCCUCAACCACAAGCCAAGGCACUGUUCCCCCCCAACCCAAAUCUGUCAAAAACUCCUGGUUACCCUCAAACUUGCAAAUUAUUGAACACAUUGUUCUGCUGAAAUAGCAGGAAUGCUUAAAUCCUUCCACAGCCAGUUAUUCAAUUCUUAAAAGUUCCAGUGCCAACACCUUCUGAGUUGAUGCUUAGUUUCUCGAGACAGUACGAAAAGAAAUUUAAAUCAGGAUGAAGUCUCAUUACAUAGAGAUUCUCCCCCUUGUUUUUCCCUGUUUCCUUUUCCUGCAACUGUCAACAACUGGACCUAGCCAUGACCCUCCCCUAAAAAGGUCUGAGGGCAGGUGUUCAGGCCCAGGCUCUGUUCUGUUCCUUCAGUUUGUGUUUCUGUUAUUUAUAAGCUGUACAUGUCUCUGUGUGUGUGCGUGUGUGUGUGAGUGCAGGAGCCCCGCGUGUUCCCUGCCAUGGCCUCGGAGCUGGUACCUGGCAUAGCAAUACCUGGAUCCCGAGAGGUGCUGCAGCACCAGAGCAAACCACCACUGUCCCCAAGGGUUUGGUGAUCAGCUCCACUUCCUUCCUGGUUCUUGCGCUUUCUACAGUAAGAGGCUGUUCUAGUGCAAACUCGUCAAAGUGUAAACAAAGCAAAAACACUCCAAUUUUUAUCUUAAUACAAGUCUUAAUAUUUUUUUGUAAAUGUUCUCAGUGUUUACUGUACCGUAUCUAUCUCACUAACAGUUGUAUAUAGUAACUUACUUCUGGUGCUGCUUAUUCAGUCGGGAUUUGGCUGUAUCUCACUGCUGUGUUGGAGAGGUGGGCUCGGGCUGCCAAAUCUGGAUCUGGACGCAUCUUCUGAUUCCAGCCUCCUCCCUUGGGGAUCUGAGGGAAGGGAGCAAAGCCAUGGAUCCAGAUUUGUGGUGGGCCCACCUCAAAGAUUCUGUUUUUAGAGUUUUGAUUUGGGGUUUUGUUAAACUGUAGUGAACGCUCCUGAAAAAAGGAGCGGUUUUGUGUGAAGGGGGAUGAAACAGACUGACCGGUAUCCCAAGGUCUCUGCAGACUGUACGUAUCAUCAUUUUGGACAGGGAUUAUGGCUUCAGUGCCAAAAGAUGGGAGGGACCCCAGUCCUUCCCCAUGCCAACAAUACUACAGUCACCAGCCCCUUUUGCACCAGUUUAAGCAAAUCCUGCCGCCAUCCAAAGAGUCUGGUGUCACUUUGCAUUGUCAUCUGAGUCUGGUUGGUUUUGUUUUCUGCUUUUGCAGCUGUAAAGCACUGAUUGCACUGUGAGAACACGUGGAACCCUCUGGUCUGGGAGCCAGUCCCAGAGGUUGCUGCAAGGUUGCAGGACACAGGUUCUGCUACUAUGAAUACUCCUAAAGGGCAAAGGGACUUGCUGGACCUCAGUGAGGUGUCACAGGCUCUCCUAGAAAAGCAAUCAGCAAGGAAUCAAUCAUUCCCAAAGUUUGGAUAGUUCAUAAGCUUUUUCCUGUUCCAAAGGUCCACACCCAGAUGCACUAGAAAAUGUUAAUGGGCUGUGGGCCAGGGGUCUAAUCUGAAAGGGGCUCAUUUCCCCCAGCGAUCCCAGGGCAGAGGGAGCAGCCCUGGGCUGAGGCCUGUGACCAGUGGGUCCAGCAGCUCCACCACAGUCCCUGCCCUGUCCUUCACACAGCUUUACCUGGACAGUGCAAAGAAAAAGUCCAAAGGGAACACCUGUGACACCAUUCCUAGGUGGACAGUCCGUCCUUCCCACCUGCAAUGACUGCUGGGGUCACCUCCUCCCAAAGGUUUGCGUUCAAAGCAAUCCAGGCCUCCAGGCUGGCCAGGACCGGGACCUGGUGUGGGGCAGAGCCACGGCCUGACAGCCACCAGGAGCUCCCUUCAGUGGUCACAGGAAGGGACACUCCCUGCCCACGCAGGUCUCUGAGCCUCAGGGCCGUUCCAGAGGAGAUUGCUCAGCCAGGAGGCUCAGACAGUGGCACCCGCCCUGCUCUGACCCCGCACAGACUUUGCUGCCUUUUCCUUCUCCCCUGGAGAAAAUCAUCCGUGGGGGAGCGUGAGGACAAGAGCAGCAGGAGAAUGUGCAGUUCAUGGGCUUUCCAAACCAAAUCCAAUCCUGAGGGUGUUGCACAACACCCAGAAACAACCAUGCUUCUGAAAAGGGUGUCACAUUUAAGCAUUGACUUUCACAGAUCACCUGAGCUGUGACAUUGCUGUAAAUGCCAUGUGGCUCUGCAUCAGCUACCAGUACCCCAGAGUGCAGCCUCCAUGUUCACAUAUUCCUUUAUCAUACAUCACUGUGUCUUAAGAUAUACCUCUCUCUGUAUAUCUGCUUAGGCUGAUACUUGUUCCUGAUAAGCAGUCGCUAUGUUUUAUAUCCUCUUAUAAAGAAAAACAAAUCUUUUUUUUGUAAGUAUGUUUAAAAAAAAAUGCAAAGUGGAAGUGUUUGCUGAAACUCCUUCAGCUCCUUUUAAACUAUGUAAUAAUGUACAGAGAAAGUUGUUGGUGUUCAAAGAAAUGAUGUGGCUGUGCAAUUUAUGUACAUUUGCAAUUAGAAAUAUUAAAGAUUUAUUUAGAUAUUUUACAUAA